UUCAAUUUCACAACCCAAAAGAAACAUUGCAAAUAUACAUCUCUUCCACUCUCUUCCUCCUUCCAUCUCUCUCUCUCUAUAUAUAUACAUACCAAUAUAUAUUUCUAUAUCUAUCUAUCUAUCCUUGUAAUCUGAUUAUGGAUUAUGUUUUGACCACCAUGUUCUUCCUCCCUCUCUUCUUCCUUCUAUGCAUUCUCCUCAAAAUUCUUGACAAAAGAAGGCAUCAAAACUGUUACAUACUCGACUACCAGCUCUACAAACCCUCCGAUGACCGAAAACUGUCGACCGAGUUAUCCGGGGACAUUAUCAUGAGAAACAAGAACUUGGGUCUCAACGAGUAUAAGUUCCUUCUCAAAGCCAUUGUAAGUUCCGGCAUUGGCGAAGAAACCUACGCUCCAAAAAUGGUGUUUGAAGGUCGUGAAGAAAACCCUAAUCAUGAUGAUGCUAUUCAAGAAAUGGAAGAGUUUUUCCAAGACAGUAUUGGAAAACUCUUCCAGCGUACUGGUAUUCGUCCGGAUAACAUUGACGUGCUUGUGGUCAACGUGUCUAUGUUUGCCAGCAUGCCGUCGUUAUCCGGACGAAUUAUUAACCGGUACAAAAUGAGAGAAGAUGUGAAAAGUUAUAAUUUGUCUGGAAUGGGGUGUAGUGCGAGUUUAAUUUCGAUUAAUCUUGUUCAAAGUAUAUUUAAGUCUAACAAGAAUCAGUUAGCAUUGGUGGUUACUUCCGAAUGUUUGACUCCAAAUUGGUACACGGGUAAUGACCGGUCAAUGAUAUUAUCAAAUUGUUUGUUUAGGACCGGUGGGUGCGCCAUGAUCCUGACUAACAAGCCAAGUUUGGUCCAUAAGUCCAUGUUUAAGCUAAAGGUCAUGGUCCGGACCCACCAUGGGUCCAAAGACGAAGCAUACGGUUGCUGUUUGCAAACCGAAGACGCUCAGGAUCGUGUAGGGUUUCACCUGGGCAAAACCCUACCAAAAACAGCCACACGGGCGUUUGUUGAAAAUCUAAAAGAAAUCGCGCCCAAGAUCCUCCCAAUGCGCGAACUCCUUCGGUUCGCGACCCUCUCCCUCGCCCGAAAAACACUCCAAAAUAUUUUCGGCAAGUCGUUUAACGCGACUCGACCGACGAUCAAUUUCAAAACAGGAAUUGAUCAUUUUUGUCUUCAUACGGGUGGGAAGGCCGUGAUCGAUGCCGUGGCUCAGAGCCUUAACCUGAGCCAGUUUGACAUCGAGCCGGCCCGAAUGACCCUCCACCGGUUCGGUAACACGUCCGCGAGUAGCCUAUGGUACGUUCUCGGCUACAUGGAGGCUAAAAAAAGGCUGAAAAAAGGUGACAAGUUGUUUAUGAUAAGUUUUGGUGCUGGUUUCAAGUGCAACAGUUGUGUGUGGGAGGUGGUUAGAGAUCUUGAAGGUGAUGGGAAUGUAUGGAAUGAGUGUAACAUUGAAGAUUACCCACCAAAAACCUUGGAAAACCCUUUCAUGGCGAAAUAUGGUUGGAUUCAAGAUCAUGAAGACAUUGAAACAUUCAAGUCUCUAAAGUGAGUUGAACAAAGAAAGAAAAGAAAAGAAAAGAAAAGAAAAAGAAAAAAGGUCAUUUUUAUUUUCCACUAAAAUCAUUGCUUUUAUUAUAGGAAAAGAAGUUUGAAUAUUUUUCAUGUUAAUAGUAGUAGUGUGUAUUUAUUUGUACGGUUGUAUUGUUUUUUGUUUAACAUGGAA